CUCAACAAUGCGCAAUAAGGAUCGUUUAGAUACUUUGGUGGCAGUCGGUGUAUGAUAUUCAACGGAAUCUCUUAGGUUAGAGCACAAGUUUAAAAAAAAAAAAAAAAGUUUCCAAGAGGGGGGUAUGCGCUGGAUUUGCUGUGACGUCAUCUCCCACAGCCCCUCCAUGUUUGUCGAAGAACGUGUUCGUAAAUCUUUUGCCCCAAGCGGACUCGUCGGUUCUGAUUUGGCGUUUGAAAGUGUUCGCUUGCGCUUCGAAGCGUUUGUGUUUUCCAUACUGUCUUUGGAGAAGCUGCUUUGGUCUUUCGCGUCGGCGCGCGCGCGUCACUCCAACGACGUCCCGCAGUGGACGCGUAACAGUUAAAAAAAAAUUUUAAAAAAAAACGCGCAGCCCACACUUGUCUCGGAUGGCCGCUCACGGCCCCAUUCCGCCCCCCGGCCGGCUGCCGGUUCCUCGGUGAGUUGCGCCCUCUUUUCGUAUGAACGAGAGGACAGCGGCGAGGGGUCGCGGCCAGGAACAGCAGCUGAGCCGGCCGGGCGUCAGGAUGAGGAUGCCCCGAGGAGGACGCCUGUUUCUGGCGACGUGCCUGGGCUCUCUCGCGGUCCUGGUGCUUUACUACCAGAGUAUCGGCAAGCCCGAACCCAGUGUUGGGACAGGCAGCAGACCAGAGAAAAGCAGGAGAAGUCCACUGCAGACACUCUAUAGUGGAGACCAGCAGCUGCAGCUGUUGGCUGAUCAGAAGUCACUUCAAGGUCGCAGGGAGCUGCUGGAGCAGGCUUGUUUGAGUCACACAAAGAAGCGGCGGCUGCUUUCUCCAGAGGAUCUCAAACACCUCAUUGUGGACGACAAACACAGCCUCAUUUACUGCUACGUACCCAAGGUCGCCUGCACCAAUUGGAAGCGGGUCAUCAUGGUCCUCACCAGCGACGGCCGCUACACCGAACCCCUAGCCAUCCCCGCCAAUGAGGCCCACGUAGCGGGCAACCUGCGCACACUGUCCGAGUUCUCGGUCCCCCAGAUCAACCGCCGCCUCCGCAGCUACCUCAAGUUCGUCUUCGUGAGGGAGCCUUUCGAGCGCCUGGUGUCGGCCUACCGCAACAAAUUCACACUCAGCUACAACACAGCUUUCCACAAACGCUACGGAACCAAGAUCAUCCGCCGGCACCGGACUCAGCCCGACCCGGAGGCUCUGAAGAAAGGGAACGACGUGACUUUCCAGGAGUUUGUCCAGUAUCUCGUAGACCCUCGCACCCAACGUGAGGAGCCUUUCAAUGAGCACUGGGAGAGCGUCCAGUCCCUCUGCCAUCCGUGUCUGAUCCACUAUGACGUGGUGGGCAAGUAUGAGACGCUGGAGCCUGAUGCCCACGCUGUCCUCUCGUUGGCGGGGGUGGAGGACAUGCUUCAGUUCCCGACGUCCGGUAAAAGCACCAGGACAGACGGCAACAUGGCGGCACGCUACUUUAAGCACAUUAGUCCCUAUUACCAGAAGAGACUGUUCAACCUCUAUCGUAUGGACUUCCUGCUAUUCAACUACUCGACACCAGAGUAUCUGAGAACUUGAUGAGAGGGGCUUGAGUUUAUGAUUCAGACUCAAUUGCUUAAUGAUGGUGAAUUUGCACUUUUUUGUCACUGUGGGCUGAGAAGUUUCCUCCUCCUUGCUGUACAAUGAGCUUCAGAUGCAGAGGAUUUCUUAAUUUUCUGGUUAAAUUUACUUUGUACUAGGGCUGGACGAUAUGGCCUUGAAAUAGAACCCCCCCCCCCCCCGAAAAAAAAAUGAUUUCCAAUUUUAACCCCCCACCUCUAUAAAAAGCAAAUUACAAAUGACAUUCAAAACUUGGAGAAAGUGGCCUUUUAAACACAAUCCUGAAUACAUUUGAAUACAACAUUCAAACUGUUCAACAAUGUAACAUCAAUAAAUUAACAAAAAAUAAUCCCUCUGAGACUAAUACAUAACAAAACUGUCACUGAACAUGUCACGAAUAAAAGGUGCUGCUUUCAAACAAAAUGAACCUUAAAUUUUGACAAGGAAAAUAAGUCUGUCUACAGCAUGAGUAACUGUUACAAUGUCACCUCAACACUAAAAACCUCUCUGAUGGGAUACUUGGAGAUAGAGAGGUAUUUCUAGCCUGUAUUAUUCAGCCGUGAGAAGUUUAUUUCGUGUUGCUGUAAUGUUUGGUGAACAUCCGGUUGUUCUUAUUGUGAAGUCACACUACCGGAAGUACCGUAGAUGGGUAAAAAGUGAUACACUGUAACUUGAUUGGAAUAGACCCCAGUGAAGUGUGCAAUGCAUUUAGAUAAACUAUAGUACAGAUUGUAUGUAGAACAAUCACAACAGCUGCUACCAAGUGAAGUGGAUCAGUGUAAGGAUAAACAAACAACAAUAGUCUGCGCAAAUGAAUAGCGGGCUUUCAAUGUCAAAUCAUUCUAAUAAACUGUCUUGUUUUUUAGUGAGGGUUUUCCCCUCCGUGCUAUACGCUUUGGUUUCAACACUCUUUAAGCAAACUGUUUGUUGCUCAUUGUCUGCCGCAGUAAUUCAAAAUGACUGAAAAAAAAAAUGCCUUUUUCGUAAACUAGUUCCUCUGUUUGCGUCAUAUCUUCGGUGAAAAUAGUGUGCGCCAGUGGGCUACAAAAUUCCAAGGGGAAUUUUUUUUUUGGAGGGGGGCGGGGCUAGACGAUGCAACCCCCAAAGAGAACGACAUCGAUUAAAUCGAUGAAUCGCCCAGCCCUACUUUGUAGAUGAGGCUGCAUCACUUUUUCGCAUGGCUCAAGCUGAGGACCGAUGAGUGAAGCCUUAUUUUUGAGGAGCAGGUUCUCCUACUACAUGGAGGUACUGACUGUGAACAUGGGCAUUUAUUCCAAAGCACGUCUGAUAUCUGGAAAAACCCUAAAUUAUACAUGUUGGUGCAUUAGGUAUUUAUUGUUGUACAGAUACUUGUGCAGUCUUAUUGGCUAGGGGUGGGAAAUAUGCAAUCUGAUAGCAUUGCGAUAUCACGUUACAGGUGUUAUGUGAUAAGGUCACUGGAUGAAAACAGUCUAUGAUAUAUCACAAUAUCUAUGCAAUUGAAGGAGGGAAAGGUAAUAGAAAUGUCUUUAAUUUUAAGAAAUUGCAUUUGGGAUGUGCAUAUUUAUCUAUUAAUCAACCAAUUUUGCUAGUUGUGAGGAAUUGUUGAUUAAUCGUGACUUGCCACCAGCAGAAGCACUCUUGAUUCGUUCUCUACAAUUUUACCAGUAUAAAGAACAACAUGAAGUUGAGCUACUCCUCCAGGUAAUAUUAAUUCUGCUCAAUAUGACACUGCCAACGUAACAUGAGCUCAGAACAUUCUGAGAUUCUCCUAUCCCGUCACACACAGUGGCACCGUACAUACUAGGACAUCAGAUAGUGUCGAUACUCGUGUACCCUGAGAGACAACUGCAAUAUCGAUAUUUUGUCCCACCCCUACCAUCAAUAGACUUUGGGUGCAGAGUUUGCGUGAGAAUGGUUUUAUUCUUCUUCUUUGCACAUGAACUGAUGCCAAAUAAAAAUCCCAACUUUAUUUGUUUAGAACGCACUGCUUGUCUCUAACUCGUUCUUGGAACACGCGCUCGUUGUGUUUCACCCGUCUGAGUCAUUUCCAUUUCAGCUUACAGUCACUCCCCAAUUCCAGUAAAAGCUUGCCAUCCCUCCACUAUGGCCGCCUGUUUCGCACUGGGCAGCUACGCUGUAUAAAUAAUAGCAUGACUGCGGUCGAAGUUUGAGUGAAGCCCAGCUCGGGUCAGAGCUUCCCUUGUUAGGUCCCACCAGGGACACGGAGUGCUCGAAUCCACCAUCACCACCGCUGCAUAGGCAAGCACUCACCAGGUUUUAUAAGUCUGGUAGUGCUUUGGUACAGAGGUUCGACAAAACUGGAAAUGUGAAUUAAGUGAGGAUACGUCCCACAAGACCUGUGAACCGUAAAGUUUCAGUUUCUGGUGAUAGGAUUUUUGGAAACUAGGGUGCAUAACUUACUACAAAUAGUUCUCAGCUGGUGAACUGGUUUUCGUUAGCUGUGUGAACUUCUAAUCAUCAAAAUUAUACAUAAAAAUAUAUAUAUAUAUAUAUAUACACACCGGUAUAUAUCAAUCAAAAUAAUGAGUUUACUUUUUGAAUGGGAACUACUGGUACCAAAAGCAGAUGUCCACUAAAUCCUAAUUUAUUGAUUCACCUGUAUUUAGGCAGACUGGAACUACUUGAGCAGCUCCCUUCUCAUGUCCAAUUUCAGCUCCUACCUCCAGAGGGGAGCAAGUAAAAGAAAAUUAAGUUCAACACAAGUUUGUGUAUGAAGCAGAUAUGGGGCUUAUAAUGGAACAAUUAGAAAAAUAGAUUUUAUUCCCACAGCAAAAAAAAAAAAAAAAAAAAAAAAGUAAAA